UAUUUUGAUAGAAAUCAAAAUGGCGGACGAAGAAGAAGUUCAAAACUCUCAGUUUCAUAAGAAUGUUUUGAUCGGCGUAACUGGAAGUGUUGCUUCUAUAAAACUUGGAAAAUUAAUUCAGGAGCUUCUUUUAUCAAAAAUCAAGCUAAAUGUGCAAGUUGUCGCUACAGACCAUGCAACUCAUUUCUUUGAUGUCAAUGAAAUUCCUGUAAAAGUCUAUAGAGAUACCGAUGAAUGGCAGAGCUGGAUGAAAAUGGGUGACCCUGUACUUCACAUUGAGUUGCGUAAAUGGGCUGACAUCAUGGUAAUUGCCCCACUCGACGCCAACACAAUGGCAAAAAUUGCUGGUGGAUUAUGUGAUAAUUUAUUGACUUGCAUAGUACGUGCUUGGGAUAUGAAUAAACCUUUAAUAUUUUGUCCUGCAAUGAAUACCCAUAUGUGGAGCCAUCCAAUCACAGCAACCCAUGUGGAAUCACUAUGCAAAAUGGGGUACAUUUAUGUAUCAACCACUGAGAAGAAACUAGCUUGUGGUGAUACAGGAACUGGAGGGAUGGCAGAGGUAUCAACUAUUGUAGACAAAACUUUUAAAACUUUACAAGAAAAACAUAAGCUUGAAAAAUAAUUUUAGAAUUACCAUAACAUUACGUAAAUUUCCCUCAUUCUCUACUUUCCCAUACCCAUAAUAUUUUGCGGCUUUUGGGCGGGUAACCAGAGCAAAAAGCCGCACUUAUUUUGCUGAAGGCUGAGACAAUGUUGAAAACACCUUGUUUCAUAUCCAAAUAUAAAACAAUAAGGUAAAAACAGAAAAAGAUAGGAGCUUGAAGAACUUUGAAGUAAUUAAACAUUUCUUUGUAAGUCAAUACAUUUUCCGUAACACCAAAGCCCUUGAUGUUUUGUACGUGCAAAAUUAACUCGGAAUAAACUGAUAAUCAGUACUGUACAGAUAAAAGCAGGCAUAGUAUGUAUUCAAUAGCGCAGCGCAACCGUGACGUCAUAAAAACGAAGACAAAGGCGAAAUUCGUACAAACUUACAAGUUUA